CAUUCACUACGCCUAACUCAAAAUUAAAAAUAGUCACUACCGAGUAACGAGCUUUCUAGUUUUAGAUAUUGAAAAUCGUAUUUCGAGAAUCGGGGUUUUUAUUUUUUCGAAAAGUCGAAUAUGAAAAGAAAUAUAAUAACGGCUGUGAUCAUUGUCGUAGUCUAUAUCGCAGUUUCGUUAAGACGGGCCAAAGCCGACAAUGUUUUUCCGAAAAAAUAUCAUCAUUCGACGCGCUUCCAAAAACUCCAAACGAUCCGAAUAAUCAAGUCGCCCAAUUUGUUCUCGCAUUCUAACAGAUGCGAUGGUUUUGGAAUACUAAAAAGGUCCAUUAGUUGCGAUUUCGACCCGGACGAUUAUCUGGACGUGCCCCAAAUCAUCAGAAGACACGGAUAUCCAUCAGAAAGUCAUGUUAUCGAGUCUGAGGACGGAUACCUGACCAAAGUUCAUCGUAUCCCGGGUACCAAGCAGGGGAAUACUGGCGGACAACCUAUUUUUCUUCAGCACGGAUUGCUGGGCAGUAGCAUCGAUUGGAUUGUCAACGACGGAAACAAUGCCUUGGCGUUUCUAUUGGCUGAUCAAGGAUACGAUGUUUGGAUGGGUAAUUCAAGAGGCAACACUUACGCCCGAGGUCAUGUGUCUUUAAACGUCAACACCGUUCAGUUCUGGAAUUUCAGUUGGCAUGAAAUGGGAACCAAAGAUUUGCCGGCGAUCCUUUAUCAUAUUUCGAAUAUUACAAAAAAACCCGGGGAAAUAAUUUACAUUGGACACUCGAUGGGCACAACGAUGGCUUUCGUUUUUUCCUCAGUGUUACCCGAAAUGGCAAAAAACUUGAAGCUCAUUGUAGCAAUGGCUCCGACAGCAUAUAUGACGCACGCGCAAAGCCCCAUCAAGUAUUUGGCACCGUUUGCUAAUGACGUUAAUUGGGUGCUGAAAAAUCUGGGAGUAAAAAUAUUUCUUCCUAACAGUAAGGUUUUAAGGUUUCUAUCUUACGGAUGUACAAAGAAAUACACGAAGAAAAUAUGUGAUACUUUGGUAUUCGCACUGGCCGGUUUCGACGGAUCCGAAUUUAAUACGGCCCUGUUGCCUAAAUUGUUAAGCCACGAUCCAGCAGGUACGUCAACCAAAACGCCGUUACACUACGCCCAGGAAAUACAAAACGAGGGAAAUUUUCAACAAUUUGACUAUGGACUCGAGGGGAAUAUGAGACAGUACGGUACUCCAAAUCCACCGCAAUACGAUUUAAAGAAAAUAAAAGUACCGAUGCAUCUAAUUUACGCAGAGAAUGAUAAAUUGACCAGUUAUAUAGACGUGGAAAGAUUGUCGGAAGUCCUUCCUAAUGUUGUCGGUAUGGUGAAAGUCCCCUCAAAAAAAUUUAGUCAUGGUGACUUUGUUUUUGGGAAGAAUGUUUACGAAUUGGUUUAUGAACCCCUUAUGCGUGUGCUCUCUAAUUAUACUAUGAAAAAUUAGAUAGAAAAAGAUCAAAAUGUGCCUUAGUUGUGAUAAUAUGUAUAAAAUAUAUUUCAUAUAUAAUAAAUCAUGUUA